CAUGAUAUCGCGAUAGUGAUAACGUGAGAGCUGAAUUCACGACAAGAUGGCAAAAUUUAUCCCGUUUCUUGCAGUGUUAAUUGCCUAUUUUGUACCAUCGCGUAGUAUACAGGUAAACCCAGUCAUACAAGAGGAGCAGCUAUUAUGGAUAUCUGGCGAGGACAAUGUGGGCAUCUAUCGUAUCCCUCUACUGACCUACACCCCUAAAGGUGACCUGCUAGCGAUCUGUGAAGCCCGUAAAAAUGGUGGAGGAGAUGCAGGACCAAAGUUUCUGGCCACAAGGAGAUCAAAGGACAAAGGCCAAACCUGGUUGCCAGAGAAGUUUAUCCUGAACGAUGGACCAAUCGUCGACGGCCUGAAUCUGGGCGUGGUCUUGGUGGACGACAUGACUUCGACCAUCUUCAUCUUCUACCAGGUGUGUGGGCAUUACGUCCAGUGCAACAUCUCAACCCAGUACUACAUCAAGAGUACCGACGACGGCAUCACCUGGACACAGCCCUACAACGUCUCCAAACAGAUCGGGACCAAGAUGUUUGCCGGUGGUCCGGGCUAUGGAAUUCAGAAAAAGCAUGCGCCUCAUAUUGGACGGCUGAUCCUGUGCGGUCAUAGCACGUUGCCUGGUGACGGCCUGUUUUGCCUGCUCAGUGAUGACCAUGGUGAUACUUGGAGAUAUGGUGGAAGUAUGAAGAGCAUUCCUUACAACACCAACAAGAUCAAAGGAGACUUUGUACCAGAUGAAUGCCAGCCUUUGGAACUGCCCGAUGGCUCCAUAAUGGUCAACGUAAGGAACCAAUACCAGUACCAUUGCCACUGCCGAAUGAUCGUCAUGAGCUACGACGGAGCGGACUCUUUCAAGACAGAUGACCUUCGGUUUGACACGACCCUCGUUGACCCCACUGUAGCGGCCUCUAUUCUUUAUCACCAUGGAGUCCUCUUCUUCAGCAAUCCCGAGGAUGAUGUUCAUAGAAUCAACCUGACACUGCGUUGGAGCUACGACAACGGGACAACCUGGGCUAGCGCCCUCUCAGUCUGGCCUAAGGCUAGUGGUUACAGCACCAUGAUGGCUCUCCCAAAUAACAUUCAGGAGAGCAAGUAUAUCUAUAUCUUGUAUGAGAAGGGACAAAAAUCCGCAACAGAGACCCUCUCUCUUGCUAAAAUUAGCAUAACAGGAGAUUUAUAGUGCCAGUUUUCCCCAAGAAGUCCAUCUGAAUGGUGUGAUUACAUGAAUGAUCUUUUGUGACGAUCGAGAAAGUUAUAUAUUCAGAUUAUAUUUUCAAGUACAUUUUCUUGAUUGGGACAAAAUUUCGAUUGAAAUGUUUAAGGUUUGCUGGAGGAGUGUCAUUAUAUUGAAAAAUCAGUUUCUGGCUUGCACCCAGUAAAUAGGAAUGCAUUGAUCGAUCUGAUAAAUAAGUCAGAAAAUAUGGUGGAAUCAGCGGGAUUUGAACCUCUCAUUUACCGAUUGCUGGUCAGCAACCCUACCACCAGGCAAUCACUGGUAUAUUGCACAGUUACUAUGACACAAGAUCAAAUACCUCAGUACCUCUGAUUUUUAAUCUGACUUGCAUUCUUAGUCCGCCAUGGACGAUGGAAUGAAAUGUUUUGAUUCUUGCAUUAAAUAGUAUACAAAUAAUGAAUGUUUACACUGUAAAAAAUGAAGUGCUAAUUUAGCACUUAAAGUGCUUGUAUAGUGACUGCACUACGAGUGCUGAUUUUCUAGUUCAAAUUUAAAGUAGAAAAUCAGUCACUAUCCAAACGCUGUAAGUGCUAAAUUAGCACUUCAUUUUUUAAAGUGUAUGAGUGCAAUGGACAGAAUACUUCAUGAGGUGAAAGAUGAAAUGUUUACGCCUCGUUGAAUGGAUCAUUCAUUUCAUCUUUCACCGAAUGAAGUAUUCUGUCCAUUGCAUGAAUGAAAAGAACACUCAUUUGGUUUAUAUGACACCUUAAAAUAGAUUCUUUUUCGUAAGAAAUUUGUGAAUUUUGAUGCAAAAUAUGCUCAUGCAGUGCGAGCUCGGUCUGUUGAUUAUCGCGUACAUACAACAUGCGCGCUGCAAACACGAGUGGUGCCUGCAUCGUAGUCUGGGUGCGCGUGUGCAAUGGACAAAAUCGUAUGGAUCCAAAAUUGAACGAUGAAUGGAUAUAAAAUUGCACGGUCGAUGACGUCAUUGUGAAAUGGGCUGAAUGAUCGAUAUCGACCAACGAAUCCAAUGACAAGGAUCUAUCUAAGAGUCAUAUAAUGACAGUUAUUCAAUACUGCCAUAUGGAUACAGCAAUGCCAUUUCGAGCUGGGGAGCGAUUCAUCAAUAUUUUUGUCCGACAAGUUGUCGGGUCUGACAACUUUCCUUGAGUAUGAUUGGCUGAGAGGCACUGUUACCAUAAAAUCUGUCGGAUAUGCUUGUCAGACGUCUGACAAGUCCUUUCAUGACACGCUCCCCUGAAGUCUUUUGAAAAGUAUUUACUUGGGUAUUACAUCUAUGCAGGUUUUAUUCUACCAUAAUAGUAGUAGAUACCAAGAAUAGUUGUUCGCAUGAAAUGUACCUCUUCCUCAUGUAACUUCUUAAGUAUAACAAGAGCAUUAUUUGUAUUUCGUUGUGUUGUGCAAUCAUACAUGUAAUUAUUAUAUUCAGCCUACCCCCCCCCCCUUACCUCAGAUGAAUUAAGACCAACCGUCUAAAAAGGAUAUAAUUUCAAGCAUACUGUACUUCGUCAUCAUAACAUCUAGAUUUUAUUUCAUCAGUUCAUUUAUUGUAAGCAUUUUAUUGUUCAGUUCAGUUCAGUUAUGUACAUUUAAUUUGGCUGAAGGAGAAGUGUUUAAUUUGUGUAUGUCCCAUAAACAAGCAAACAUGUUUAUGUAGCCAUAAGAUAUGAUUCUGGUGUAAAAAGCUAUUGACAUGAAUUGGUUUUAAGCCCAAUAUCUUGGACUCUAUGAAUUUCAUAAUUAAUUUAUUUCCUUUGAUUGAUUACAUAGUAUUGAGUUUCAAUCAAUUGUGUACAGUUUUAUUUUGAAUGUUCAGUACUAGGUGCUUGGUGUUAUCCACUUAUCAUUAGAUGAUAUUCUUGCGGCAGUUUGUGAAAGCAGUGUCAAAUUAUACACUGAAAAAAAAUCCAGAAUUAUUGUGGGCGAAGUUGUACAAACACAUAUUUUGUUUUUAAUCAUUUAUUAAUUGACAAUUUGCACUCCAUGAACUGGUUAUUUCUUAAGAUUUUAACCAAAGCUGAAACAAAUAUUUUAAAGAUAAAUGCCAGUUGUGGUAACAAUCUCAAAAUGAGUGUUAGUAUUUAUUAAAAAAAAGACUUUUGAAGUAAAUGUGUAAUUGCUGACAAAUGAGCAAAUAUGCACAGUAUUUCAUCAAAAUGGUCUGGUCUUUUUUUCCAAGCAAUGUUAAUACAUUGUCCCACUAAUGCCUUUCUGUGUUAGUGAUCUUCAGAGUGAUUGCUUUUCGGCAACGAUUUCAUGAUUUCCAAAAAUUAAGAUCUAUAGUAAUGUGACAAUUAACCUUGAUUUUAAAGAUUUUCUCAUGGAAUAAUUGUUUGCUGCAACUACAUUAUUCUACCUUUAACAUUAACAGCAAUACUCAGUUUGAAAUACGGCAGUUAUUGGUAAUUUAACAUCGCUGUUUGAAUGUCGAAACUUUUGCUAUAAAUAAAAAAAAAAUAUUCGAUCAGUUCAUAUAACUGUCGUAAACUAAGGGCCCUUUGCGAAGAGAUUUGCAUCUGAUCACAACUCAACAAAUCAAGUGUAAGUCCCUAAUACUCAAUUUCUAUUGGUUAAAACUUCAAGUUGCGUUUGAUUGUUGGAGUUGGGAUUGAUAACAACUCUUUCUACAAUAGGCCCCAUGUUGUCUGAAGGGUUUUCAGUGUGUAUGUUUUAUUAUUAGGAAAUCAUAUACCUCUAUAUUAUUAUUUUUUUAUUCGGCAUUUCAACAAGGAACAAGUUACUUAGCAAAUACAUGAGUACAAAAGAGGAAAGGAACAAGGAUGUCUACAAUAGUAGUCCAGGUUGCCUGGGAAACGAAAAAGUAAAAUGAAUUAUUGUACCCCGCGGCUUUCCACCCUGACCUGGGCUCCGUAACACAAAGGUUUGCAAUCAAUCCCUAAAUACCAAUGACCAAUCAAGAUCAUCGUUGCAUGCGCAUUCUGUUUAAAAUACCUACCGGGAACCAAUCAGUGCGGUUCUUUCAUAUUUGCAAUUCAUCGCUAACCUUUGUACUGUAUUAUGGAGCCCAUGACAUGUAAGGUGACAGCUAAGAAUAAAAACACAUACAUAGAAUAUUAUAUAAAAUGUAUAUACAUUAAUAUAGAUUAUAUAUAUUAUAUAUAUAUAUAUUAUAUACAUAUUAAUGUAUGUGACUUUGUUAUCCUUGCCUGUCUUUACACACUGUAAAUUAAAAGAUGUGUUCCUUAUACGUUUGUCAGAAUAAUUUGUAAAAGAUAAGUCACAAUGUCUGUGAUGAAGAUGUGCAUGUAUGUUAAUUAAUAUGGGUACCAUAUUAAUUACUUUAUGAAAUUGAUAAUUUCAUAAAGUAAUAGAAAUCAAUCCAAUUUCACUGCACAGAACAUGAUUAUAUAAUGUGUCUGCAAGUUGAAUUGAAAAUAAAACAAAACGUUUUGUUUUAAAAUUAGGAAUAUGUUUAAUUGAAGCUAAUUUAUAAAAACUGAAAUAAUUUAGGCCUAUGUUCAUUCCUGUUCAUGUAAUUUUGAAUACUUGACUUGUAUAUUUCUUGUAAUAUCAUGCUGCUAUAUAUAAGACCAAAUAAACAUGAAUAACACUGA